GUGAUUUCCAAGAAGGCCCGAACGAAACGACGAUCCACUGUGUUGUAUUGCAUUUGGCAGAAGCUUGCUGUGGUCAAAAUGUUGAGCCGUGGCCAGAUGUAACGAAAGUACGGCGGAUUUUCUUAGAAAUUAUUGCUUCAUGCGGAAAUACCUCUUGCGAUGCAGUUAAUUAAAAGAGCUACGCUUUUGUCGACUGUCAUCAAUUACCGAGUGCGGUACAUUGGACCGCAGCAUAAUGUAAUGAAUACCGUAAUAUCAGCAGUGAAGUGUAAAAAUGCAACACCGGACGGAAAGGAAUUGAAAACUAGUGCUGUGGUGUUGCCAAGUUAUCAUUGAUAUUAAUUUACUCAGCGUGCACAACUGUGUUCUCUUGUGUUUGCAGCAUAAUUAACUAUCAGUCGUCGCUAUCCCUUCAUCACCCGGUUUAAUCGAAGCUGCAAUAGCGUGCCAGCUAUCGGUCAGCAUAAAAUCUUCACCUUCUGGGCAUAAUUAGCUCCAGAUUGCAGGAAUUCCUGUGCAAUGGUUUGCUGAUCCUGUGAUAGUGUUUUCGACGCUGUUUCACGCUGAUAGUGUAUUUUUGCUCCCGUGUCUGUGUUGUCCCGCUGGAAGCAGGGUGUGAAAAGGGGGGAAAUCGUACAUGUGAUACAGAGGGGGCACGGUACACACGAUCAAAGUACAGCACGAUGUGCAAAGGCGUAAACAGUAGCGAACAUAUCUCACCUACAUACAUCCCUGUGGCUUAGAAAAGUGAAGAAAGUGAUUGUGAAACAUCUAAUACCAUACAUACGCUGACCAGAAGGACAUUGCUUUAAGCUGUGCAAGCAGCAAUAAUAUCUGUCAUUGAUCCUGUACAAAGAAAAUAGAAAAGAAAAACGUCGUGCAGCCCAACGUAAGGAUACGGGACGCUUUUAAUUUGCACACGGAAUUGUGUUAAAGCCACCUGCAUAUCAGCAUGACGUCGCAUUGGGAGGAUUUUUAUGCUAAGCAUCUACCACCGAACUGUUUCGAGGACAACCGAUCGCUGCUGAAGGAAUUUUGCGACCGCCACUACAAACUCAAGAGUCACAUCGUGCUCGUUACGUCAGGUGGUACGACGGUUCCACUGGAGCACAACACGGUGCGCUUCGUGGAUAACUUCAGCGCUGGCAAUCGUGGUUCUGCCUCGGCCGAGUACUUUCUUGAGCAUGGCUAUGCCGUUAUAUUUAUGCAUCGGACCAAAUCACUGGAGCCGUUUUCGCGCCACUUCACCGGCCAGCAGCUGCUCGAUAUGCUGGAGCUACACGAGGAAGGCAUGAGCACCACAAUUACCGUAAAACCGGACUCCGUGGAUGUGCUGGCUCCGGUGCUGGACAAGUACAAAAAUGCCCAGGAAACUCACCGGAUGCUAUACAUCACCUUUACCAGCGUGGUCGACUACAUGUGGCUGUUGCGGGCGGCCUGCGAAUCGUUGGCACCGUUCGAGCGGAAUGCGGUGCUGUUUUUGGCUGCGGCAGUUUCCGACUUUUACGUACCGCAGGAUGAGAUGCCAACGCACAAGAUCCAGUCUGGGCAUGGGGCGCCCACGAUAUCGCUACAGCUCGUGCCAAAAAUGUUGGCCCCACUCGUGAGCCUCUGGGUGCCGCACGCGUACGUCGUGUCGUUUAAGCUGGAAACGGACGAGGCGCUGCUGAUUGCCAAGUCGCGCGAAAGUUUGAACAAGUACAAGCACAAGCUAGUGAUCGCCAAUAUACUGCAGACGCGCAAGAACCGCGUUGUGUUCGUGACGCCCAGCAGCAACUAUGAGAUCGUGCUGACCAAGGAUCAGGCGCUGUCCGGGCUCGAAAUAGAAGAACCGAUCGUGGCCGAUGUGGUUCGGCGGCAUCAGGACUACAUUCGGGAGUCGGAGCAACAAACGCACCAAUGACCCGCGCGUUCGACCCGACCGUCGCCCAACAGCGGGCCCGGGACGCAGGUCGAUUGUCACGUCACGUUACCGCAUUUCUGCAAAGUGUUGAACCCGGGCCGAAAGUACUAGCUGCCGGACGGGAAGCUCAAUCUCUAGCCGCUGGCUUACGGAGUCGUAAUUGGUGAAACCUCUCUUCUCUUCUUCUUCUUCUUCUCUCUGACUCUCUCUCUUUUUCUCUUUCUCUUUACCUCUCUCUCCGUGCAAUGGGGAUUUCGAAAAUAGAUUGGAAAAGUGUAGUACUACCUUAUGUUGGGGAUGGUUUAAUUAAAUUCGCUCUAUUACUAUCGUUGGUUUAGUUUUCACUAACGUUAUCAAAUGCCCAGGAAACGUGUAACAGGUCCGGUGGGGUUGUUAACUAUUGUUUAUUUAAUUAGCAUUUAGAGUGCGGUGGAAAGCGCACAUGUAGUACAUUCCAUCGUUUGCGUUAAGUUUAUCUUCCAGGGUGUGUGGUAAAGCUUUUAUUUGAGCGGUUGAAUGAAAGAUUAACGCUUUGGUUCUGCUCGAUAGUUGGUUUAGCUGUUGUUUAACAAAUUGCUUUACCUUGCGACAUGUGUUCAUCAAAAUUUGUGUGUAGUUGUGUUCUGUUUAAACUAGAAAUACCUUUAAACCGGUAAUAUGUUUUCAUAGCAUAAAGCGUUACUGCAAAGAGAAUAAAUUAGACAGUGAAACAAUAGAAGAUGUUAAGGAUACUAGGCCUUGCGAUUGCGAAGAAAAGGACUCGGUUCCAACUGUUCCAUAUUACAUGGUUAAAAUCACUAGAGAGAAUACAAUCCACACAAAAAAACCAUAACAUUCACUUGCAUGUUGGCACCUUCCUCUUAUAGACGGUAUCGUCAGUUCCUAGCUAAUAGCAAGAGGUUCCCAGAUAUCCUUUAUGUUGCUUUCAGCGUGCAUUACCCAGCACGUUUCGCGUGUGGCCCGAAAGUAGAUACGUCUGCAUUUAAAUUAGCAACGCAUCGUACAUGUUUGCAUCAGGUUUGUAGGCUCGAUUAUUGUUGGUAAAUAAAGGCGGCAAACUCUCGACACUUGUA